UCAUCAUCGUCGUCGUCAUCUUCCUUCAUCAUCAUCCUCAUCUUCACCAUCCGGCCUGCUGAGCUGGAGUGUGCAGCAGCACCAGACACACCAUGGCGGCGAACCUGGACAAGGAAGCGUACUACCGGCGGAUUAAGAGACUGUACGGCAACUGGAAGAAAGGAGAGGAUGAGUUUGGUAAAGCCGACGCCAUCGUGGUGUCUGUCGGAGUGGACGAGGAAAUUGUCUACGCCAAAUCCACAGCCAUACAGACUUGGCUGUUCGGUUACGAGGUGACAGACACCAUCAUGGUCUUUUGCGAAACCAAGAUCCUCUUCCUCGCCAGCAAGAAGAAGGUGGACUUCCUCAAGCAGGUGGCCAUAACCAAGGGCAACGAAAACGCCAACGGCGUCCCGCCCAUCACGCUUCUUACCAGGGAAAAGAAUGAGAGCAACAAGCCAAACUUCGACAAGAUGAUCGAGGCGAUCCGAGGCAGCCGUGAAGGGAAGACGGUGGGCGUGUUCAGCAAGGACAAAUUUCCCGGCGAGUACAUGAAGAGCUGGAACGACACGCUCGCGGCCGAGGGGCUGGCGAAGGUGGACAUCAGCGCCGUGGUGGCGUACACGAUGGCGGUGAAGGAGGACGGCGAGCUCGGCCUGAUGAAGAAAGCGGCGGCCAUCACCAGCGAGGUGUUCUCCAAGUUUUUUAAGGAGCGAGUCAUGGAGAUCGUCGACGCGGAUGAGAAAGUGCGCCACAGCAAACUGGCCGAGUCCGUGGAGAAGGCCAUCGAGGAGAAGAAAUACUUGGGCGGUGUGGACCCGUCCACCGUGGAGAUGUGUUACCCUCCCAUCAUCCAGAGCGGCGGGAACUACAGCCUCAAGUUCAGCGUCGUCAGUGACAAGAACCAUAUGCACUUUGGCGCCAUCACAUGUGCCAUGGGCAUCCGCUACAAGUCGUACUGCUCCAACCUGGUGCGGACACUCAUGGUGGACCCCCCGCAGGAGAUGCAGGACAACUACAACUUUCUGCUGCAGGUGGAGGAGGAGCUGCUCAAGGAGCUGAAGCACGGUGUGAAAAUCUGCGACGCCUACAACACUGUUCUGGAGUACGUAAAGAAGGAGAAAAUGGACCUUGUCGCCAAGCUGACCAAAAACCUCGGGUUUGCCAUGGGGAUCGAGUUCAGAGAAGGCUCCUUGGUGCUCAACGUCAAGAAUCAGUACAAACUGAAGAAAGGUAUGGUGAUGAGUGUCAGUUUAGGCUUAGCCGACCUCACGAAUAAAGACGGCAAAAAAGAAGAGCAGAAGAAGUAUGCCUUGUUUGUUGGUGACACGGUGCAGAUCAAUGAGGGGGAGGCGGCCACAGUACUCACGCCGGUCAAGAAGAAGAUCAAAAACGUCGGGAUCUUCCUCAAGAACGACGACGAGGAAGACGAGGAGGAGGAUGGCGACGAUGCGGAGGAAUUGCUGGGGAAAGGCGCUCGCAGUGCGGCGCUGCUCGCCGACAGAACCCGGAAUGAGAUGACGGCCGAGGAGAAGCGGCGCGCCCACCAGAAGGAGCUCGCCAACAGUUUAAACGAGGAGGCCAAGCGGCGGCUGACUGAGCAGAAAGGCGAGCAGCAGAUCCAGAAGGCGAGAAAAUCCAACGUGUCCUACAAGAAUGUUUCUCAGAUGCCCAGAGAGAAGGACAUCCGAGAAAUGAAGAUCUUCAUCGACAAGAAAUACGAGACUGUCGUCAUGCCCAUCUUUGGCAUCGCCACCCCGUUUCACAUCGCCACCAUUAAGAACAUCAGCAUGUCUGUGGAAGGAGAUUACACGUACUUGAGGAUCAACUUCUACGUUCCUGGCAGCUCCUUAGGCCGACAGGAAGGGAACAUCUUCCCCAAUCCAGACGCCACUUUUGUUAAGGAAAUCACAUACCGCGCGUCCAACCUGAAGGCACCCGGCGAUACCUCGGUGCCGUCCACCAACCUGCAGAACGCCUUCCGCAUUAUCAAGGAGGUCCAGAAGCGCUACAAGACGCGGGAAGCCGAGGAGAAGGAGAAGGAGGGGAUCGUCAAGCAGGACUCGCUGGUCGUCAACCUAAACCGCAGCAACCCCAAACUCAAAGACCUCUACAUCCGGCCUAACAUCGCCCAGAAGAGGAUGCAGGGCUCGCUGGAGGCGCAUACCAACGGUUUCCGUUUCACAUCUGUCCGCGGCGAUAAAGUGGACAUCCUUUACAACAACAUCAAACACGCCAUCUUCCAGCCGUGUGACGGCGAGAUGAUCAUUGUCCUGCACUUCCACCUCAAGAACGCCAUCAUGUUCGGCAAGCGCCGCCACACGGACGUGCAAUUUUACACGGAGGUGGGCGAGAUCACCACGGACCUGGGCAAGCACCAGCACAUGCACGACCGCGACGACCUCUACGCCGAGCAGAUGGAGCGCGAGAUGCGGCACAAGCUCAAAUCGGCCUUCAAGAACUUCAUCGAGAAGGUCGAGACACUUACCCGAGAAGAGCUGGAGUUUGAGGUUCCUUUCAGGGACCUUGGCUUCCAGGGCGCCCCCUACAGGAGCACCUGCCUGCUGCAACCUACCUCAAGUUCACUUGUCAACGUUACGGAAUGGCCGCCGUUCGUGGUGACUCUGGACGAGGUGGAGCUGGUCCACUUUGAGCGUGUGCAGUUCCACCUGAAGAACUUUGAUGUGGUCAUCGUCUACAAGGACUACAACAAGAAGGUGACCAUGAUCAACGCCGUGCCUGUCAACUCCCUGGACCCCAUCAAGGAGUGGCUCAAUUCGUGCGACAUCAAGUACACGGAAGGGGUCCAGUCCCUCAACUGGACCAAGAUUAUGAAGACCAUCGUCGACGACCCCGAGGGCUUCUUCGAGCAAGGAGGCUGGUCCUUCCUGGACCCGGAGAGCGAGGUCUUUACGGCGCCCGGAGCGACUAUUCGCAGCCGCGCGUGCCGCCGUCGGCUCUAUUUGUGUUGUUUGUCCACCAGGGGAGCGGUGGCGAAGAAGACUCCGAGUCCGAGAUGGAGGACGAGACGUUUAACCCCUCUGCGGACGAGACGGAAGUUGAAGAGGAAGACAGCGAUGAAGACUACAGCUCCGAGACGGAGGAUUCCAACUACAGCGCAUCACUGGGCAGCGAGGAGGAGAGCGGCAAGGACUGGGACGAGCUGGAGGAAGAGGCCCGGAAAGCCGACAAGGAGAGUCACUACGAGGAUGAGGACACGUCCAACAAGAAGAGAAAGAACCCCUCGUCAACGCUGCCGCCGAUCAAGAAGAAGAGGCGGUCAUAAACGUCCGUCUCGCACCGAGCAGCCCCGCCCCACCCCGCCCUCUCGCGCCCCGACUGGCUCACACGAUCUGCGUGUAGACGUAGAGGCCGCCACGUCACGUUGUCACGGUGACGUACCAGCAAACUUCAUUUUCUCUUCAUUCCUCAUUCGUCUGCAUUGUGUGUGUGUGUGUGUGUGUGUGCGCUUGUGUGCGAAAUGCGUUUUUAUCGCAAAGGUUUCUGUUGGCUCCUAAAGAAACGCUUCACACGCCGCCUGACAACUGUUUUAUGAGGAGUCCCUCCCUCGUGUUGCAGUCGAGGACGUUCAACAACUUUUGUUGGGCGGUGGGUGUUUUUUGUUUUUAAUGAGUUUUGUGAAACACACAGACACACACACACACACACGGUCUGCCUCCUUUGUCUUUUCCGAGUAGAUGUUUGUUGUACUUAAUUCUAAAAGUCAUUUUUUUUGUUUUUGUAAUAAAAUAAAAAGGAAGAAACUUU